AUGGGAUUCUGUAUUUCAUCGGCUCACAUCUUCACGGACCUCGAGUAUCUCUUCAUAUCAGUGUCGCUAGUCGUGAAGACUCGGAGCAAGCGGAAGAAAAAGUCGCUCGUUGUUUCGUCCGUCUGCAUUAUACAGAUUAGGACCACAUCGGGCACGGAGGGGUACGACAGGUCGAUGACAGUUACCCACGAGUUCGAACUGCUCACACAUCGAAAGUCUCACCGAGAAUACGGCCUCGUCGUGCUUGGAGCCUCUGGUCUCACCGGCACGAUGGUGUGCACGCACAUCGCGGCCAAGUUUCCUACAAACCCCACAUGGGCAGUCGCCGGCCUGGGGCGUCUCGAGAAGCUGGCAGCGAAGUUAAGAAAAGAGUACCCCGAUCGAGUUCAACCAGACCUCAAGGUUGUAGCGCCUGAUGAUACACAGUCGCUCGGAGAGGUCAUUGGGGGGGGGGCCAAGGUGUGCAUCAGCAGCGUUGUCUACGCAGUUGAUGGAGAAGCCAUCGUACGAGCGUGUAUUGAGCAGCUAACUGACUACGUCGACUGCGCCGAAGUUCCUACCCUGAUCCGAGAUUUGGUGGCCAAUUACCACGAACAAGCUGUGGCGAAAGGUGUUGCGGGAGUGGUCGGCACAGAUGGGGAAGACGAUGACCCAGAGCAGGUCCAUCUAUUCAUCUACCAAACCCUCCUGUCCCUCUACCUCACGCCUCCACCACUGAACAAGCAUGACCUCCCACUCGCCCUCGAACUACUGUCCAAACACGACUGUUGCCUCCCCGCCAUUUCGAUAUUCUCCCUCAACCCGGACCCUAUCCCCAUCGACAGACUGUAG